GCAGCCUCUCCGGCCCUCAGAGAGAACAAGCUCCUCUCCGGACACAAGCGCCGCCACGGUCGACGGUCCGGAGCUGCUGCCGCUCGACAUGGCGCUGAGGGAUGAGCUCCUGAAGGCGAUAUGGCAUGCCUUCACAGCACUGGACGUGGACAAAAGCGGGAAAGUGUCCAAAUCUCAGCUGAAGGUACUUUCCCAUAACCUGUGUACUGUGAUGAAGAUUCCACACGAUCCUGUGGCUUUGGAGGAGCACUUCAAAGAUGACGAUGAAGGUCCAGUUUCCACGCAGGGAUACAUGCCCUACCUGAACAGAUUCAUCCUGGACAAGGUCCAGGACAACUUUGAUCGUGUGGACUUCAACAGGAUGUGCUGGACUCUGUGCGCCCGAAAAAACCUCAACAGAAACCACCUGCUCAUCUCGGAUGAAGACGCCUUUAAGAUCUGGUGCAUUUUCAACUUCCUGUCGGAGGACCGGUACCCCUUGGUCAUCGUCACAGAAGAGAUUGAAUACUUCCUGCGCAAGUUGACAGAAGCGAUGGGAGGCAGCUGGAUCGAGGAGAAGUUUGAGGAUUACAAGGGGCAGCUGAGCAGCAAGCAGCAGUGCCUGACUGUGUGGGAGCUGAUCGAGCUGGUGGGCAUGGGCCACUUCAGCAAGGGCAUGGACCGCCAGACCCUCUCCAUGGGCAUCAACGAGGUCUUCCAGGAGCUCAUUCUGGAUGUGCUCAAACAGGGUUAUAUGAUGAAAAAAGGCCACAAACGGAAGAACUGGACCGAGCGGUGGUUUCUGCUUCGGCCCAGUUCCAUCUCAUACUACGUGAGCGAAGACCUGGCUGAGAAAAAAGGAGAUAUACUGCUGGACGGGAACUGCUGCGUUGAGUCAUUACCAGAUAAGGAGGGAAAGAAAUGUCUUUUCUUUGUCAAGUGUUCGGACAAAAGUUUCGAGAUCAGUGCCUCUGAUAAAAAGAAGAAGCAGGAAUGGAUUCAAGCCAUCCAGACAUGUAUCUCCCUGCUAAAGGUAGGGCGGCCAGCUCCGCACCGUGAAGCUCGGCAGAAGCGGCGUGACCUGCGGCAGAAACAGCAGGCUGAGCAGGAGCAGCUGGAGCUCAGGAUGAGAGAGCUGCAGACAGCCAAUGAGAACAAGCAGAGAGAGCUGGAGGCCAUGAGGAAGAAACUGGAGGAGGCAGCAGCUAAUUCAGCAGAGGAGGAGCGCAGACGUCUGCAGACCCAGAACGAGCUGGAGGACCUUUACAGAGCUGAAAUGGAGAAAGAGAAAAUGGUGCGGCUGCAGAUGGAGGAGCAGGUGGCGCAGAAGUCCAGUGAGCUGGAGCAGUAUUUGCAGCGUGUACGGGAGUUGGAGGAUAUGUACCAUCGCCUGGAGGAGGCACUAGAGGAUGAGAGGCAGGCCAGGCAGGAUGAAGAAACCGUGCGAAAACUGCAGGCCAGACUACUGGAGGAGGAGGCAGCAAAGCAUUCUGAGCUGGAGCAGAUCCACUUGAGGCAGCAGCAGGCCAUAUCGCAGACGCAGGCCGAGAAGGAGGAGCUGGAGCGAGAGCGGCUGGCUAAGGAGGAUGCCCUGCGUUCUGCCAUGCAGCAGCUGCAACAGCUGGAGAUCGAGAGACAGGAGGCGCUGGAGCAGUAUGAGGAAGUCAUGAAGAAACUAAAGGAUGCUGCGAAUAACACAAAGAGCUGGAAGGACAAAGUGGCACGUCAUGAGGGACUAAUCCGUCUUAUACAGCCUGGCUCAAAAGGCCCUCAGAAGAUCACUAACUGGGGCCCUGCGGCCUUCACCGAGACAGAGCUGAGCCUAAGAGAGAAAGACUGGCAGGAGAGGAAAAACAGGCCCACUCAGACCCAGUGAGGCUCCGUUAGUGUUGUUCCAGUGCUAACGCAGUGCUGAUCCAAGUUGUCUGUACAUAUAACCACUACUGAAGUGGAUACACUGCCUUUGUGGGCUCCGUGUCUGAUUCCACUCAAAGGGACCUAUGAGACGGCCUUUGUGACUGCAUAGUAGAGUCUAACUUCAAGCUAUCUGUUCUCAUUCCAGUCAUACUGUAACAUUCCAGGGCAUUAUGUCACUAUUGUGGCUACAUUGAAGGGAUUUUAUACAUUUGAAUUUUUUUUAAGUACUACACUCUAUAUGAAUGUUGAUUUAGAUGCAUUUUCUGCCAAAGUGAUGAAAAUAUUGCCAGUGGUGUUUGUUCAGUCUAAACGUAAAAACUUAAUUGACCAAGUAAUGUUAAAUUAAACAUCUCAAAGGAAGUAUCUAACCUAUAACCUAUGAUUUAGAAUGACUGUAACAGUAGAAUGUGGGUUCCAGCAACUACAUUUUAAAUACAGUAAAGUAUUACUUAAAAUAUAAAGCAGUGAAUGAAAUAGUUUUGAACAUGUUAUGUAGACUUUUCUUUUUGUACUUUUGUAUAGAGUAACAUUUUAACUGGAUUUAUACAAAACACAACAGUGUAGAUGCAAAUCUUGUUCAUGGAGACACAACUGCAGUAUUAAUCUGUUACAACACCAGAGUGGUCUCCGUAACCAAAUUGUCUUGUUACAAGAUAUUGACAUUUUCAAGAUGUUUCAGUCAUGAGCAGGAUGGUGUCUGCAUCAAACUAACAGUAUGGUAUCUGGGCUUGAGAUCAUUUUUGUUGAAGAACAUUUAAUAAAAGUACAGAUCAACUUUAUGUAUGCUUAUUUAUGGUUAGAUGCCAUAAAGAAACAGCUUAAACUUC